UGUUUGCCUCUCAGGGCUCUGGAGCGUCGCCAUCCACCGGGCCCACAACGCGUUUCACUACGCAGGCGUAGAUCCUAGCCCUCGCGGAGACCGGCGAGCAGCUCUCCACCGCGCCGGCGUGAAGGGUAGCCAUGGCGACGGGACGCAGAUCGGCGCUCGAGCUGGUCUCGAGCGCAGUGGGAGAAGAGCGAAGAGCCGGGGUCUCUCGCUCGCGGCCAUGACUGACAUUCUAUGCGAUUGGCUGAACCGAGAAGUGAAGCUGUCGCGGGCAGUGGACCAAGCCCCUGGAUUCAAGGCCACCUGGUGCUGACAGGACUUUACUCUGUGAGAUUCCCUCAGUUGCAUGUAAUGGAGAAAGCAGCUGAGCAAAGACUUCUGCCGUUUGUUUGGAAUCCGCCACAAUAUUUCUAGCAGACAUUAGACACAAAUGCAGCCAAUAAGUCCAAAACCAUGCAUGAGAGAUGGGGACUUUGCAAAGAUCCGGAGUCUUUCUCCAAAGAAUUUUCUUCUGGAUACCUCAUUGGAGAACUUCUGAAUAAGUAUGAGCUUCAGGAAGACUUUGAUCAGUUUUCACAAAGCAGACUUGCAAAUGCAAAACUUAACAACUUUUCCCGUAUGGAGCCCACUCUUCAACUUCUGGGCGUGCAGUUUGACCAAAAUGUGGCCCGAAAUAUCAUGAUGGAACAGCAUGGGGCAGCCACCAAGCUUGUGUACCAACUGUACGUGGCUCUGGAGAAAAAGAGAAAAGCAGGACUCACUGGAAUUGCCAUGGAUGCAAUGAGAGCCUCUGCUCCCAUGAAGCUCAGGAGUAUUGGGACUGAGAUAUAUCGAGAGCGCCUUAAAUGCCUAGUUCCACGUCAGACCGACCUGACACUCCAGCAGAUUUCAGACACCUUUCGCAACAAAAACAAGUACCUGGAAUCCAAGAUAGCUCAUAUGAAAUUUGCAGAGGAAGAAAAAGCAAAGAGAAUUCAAGAGGAGAAAAAAAUUCAAGACGUUGAAAAGAAAGUUGUAGAAAAACAGAGGCAACAUGAAAUAAUGGCAAAGAUUCAAGCAGCAAUUAUCCAGAUUCCAAAACCAGUACCACAAAGUGCUGUGAAGGCAAUUGAAGCCCAAAAAUUGCUGAAAAAGAAAAAGGAAGCAGAGCUCACGUAUGCAGAAAUUAGGAAGUUUGAACAGCAGAUGAGGAAAGAGCCUUCCUUCUCCAGACUCACUGAAAGCACGAUGCACGUGAUGAUGCACCCGCAGGAACUGGACAAUUCAGCCCCGGCCAUCACAGAGUUAUUGAACACCUAUUCAGAUGAUGAAUAUAUAAGAAAAAUUCAGAAACGUCUGGAGGAGGACACCUUUGCUCGUGAGCAACGGGAAAAAAGGCGGCGGAAGAUGUUAAGAGAACAAUUAGUAGCCCAUGAGGCACAAGAAGAGGCGUAUAGGGAAGAGCAACUCAUCAACCGACUGAUGAGACAGUCCCAGCAGGAGCGGAGAAUUGCUGUCCAGCUUAUGCACGUACGGCAUGAGAAAGAAGUGCUGUGGCAGAACAGAAUUUACAGAGAGAAACAGUAUGAGGAGAGACGACUUAAAGAAUUCCAAGAAGCUCUUGACAGAGAAGCGGCUCUUGCAAAACAAGAGAAAAUUGAGCUUGAAGAACAAGCCGUUAAAGAAAAAGAAUUGCAUGCAAAACUUUCUGCCGAAAGAGCUGAAGCUCGCUAUAAGAAGCAUUAUUCCAUUUGUUGGGAAGUGGUUGAACAAAUCAUUGACCUAUCAACCAAAAUAGGAGAGUAUCGAACACUGACAAACAACUUAAUCCCCGUAAGGCUGAUGCGUGACUGGAAGGAGCUCUUCUUAAAAGGAAAACCAAUUUAUGAGCAAGCUGCGAUCGACCCUCUGCCAGCUGAGCCAACUCCAGAACAACUUGUAGAACUGGACAAAAUGAAUUUGCUAGAUGAAAAAGAUUAUGAUGAAUAUAAGGAAAUGAUAGAAGAAUGGAUCCCACCUGAAGAGAUCAGUACCAAUAAGCCUCCGCCCAAUAACCCAAUACUGGGACAUGUGAUUCAUAGACUGAUGGAAAUCUAUUAUCCCCCAGAACCUGAGCCACCUCCGCCUAUAGUCUCUCCAUUUCCUAUCAAAGGAUGCCUUUUGGGAAAGCUCUAUAGUGGCAAAACUACCUGUUUAAAGUUCUUGGAAGAAGUUUUUGAUAUCCAGGUAUUUUCUAUUGAUAUGCUGAUCACGGAGGCUACUAAUGCCUUCCACAACAAUGAAAUGGGAAGUGCAGCCGGUCUGAUUGUAACGAAGGAGUCUUCCAUCAAUCAAAUCAAUAUCCUGAAGCAGGCUUCUAGGGCUUCGCUGGUUGCAUCUAAAAUUUAUGACUCACCGGAGAUACCACCAUUUCUUGAUAAGCCCACAGAGCCUGAACAAAUACACUCUCCUGCAUCAGUGGAGAUGAGUGAAACUGUGGAUGAAUUAUCUAAUCUUUCUAUUCGUGCCCAGCUUGGUGCAGCAGCCGAGACACUGUUAAAGAAAGGAAAGAGCAUUCCAGAUGAAUUACUAGUUGGCAUCAUGGUGGAAGCUAUUAGUCGAUUGCCCCCAGAAAAGGGUUGGAUCAUGGAUGGAUUUCCAAUGACAUUGCAUCAGGCUAAAUUGCUUGAAAAGGCAUUGACAAAUCGAGAUCCAGAGCAGGCCCAAUCGAAGGAGAAGAACUUGAGAAAAACAGUCUUGGUUACAGAUCCACGUGCUCCAAAAGAGCUACCUUUGCACACACCUGCUCUUGACUUUGCUUUGUUGUUAGAUAUUUCAGAUUCUGUUGUGCUGGACCGAGUAGCAAACAGAAAACUUGACUCCUAUCAAAGCAUGCAAGGAAGUGGCGAUCAACAUUUGGAUGCCAAACAUGAGCAACGCGGAGAAGCGGAAUUGGUGAGGGGCCAGAUGCAGCACAGAAUUGUAGGCUUCUUGGAAACUUGGCCUCAACUGGAAACCUGGUUUUCAGAGCAGCAAAAUAUUCUAAUAAAGGUCAAUGCAGAGCCAGAGGAGCAUCUUCUGUGUCAAAGGGUAAAGGAAAUUUUUGUGGAAGAAACGGUUAAACUCCAAAAUAAAAGAAAAGAAAAGGAAAAGAGAGAAGCUGAGAAACAGCAAGAGCUUGCCUCCCCUUUGCCACAAGAAGAGGUGCAGCCAGUUGUAGCUGAUAAGGUGGAGGAAACGAUUACUGCCCCCUCCCCAGAACUGUUGGAGCCAUCGCCUGCAGCUGCUAAAAUCUCUAAAGACUCUUCUCCAGAGCCAGCUGGAGGCAAAAAAGGCAAAAAGGGAAAGAAAGAAGAAAAAGGAAAAGAUGGUAAACCAGGCACUCCACGAGGAAAAUCACCAGGGAAAUCUGCACCACCGUCACCUGAAGACGUCCUGCCUCCUGUUAUAGAACUGCCUCGAAUCAAACCAGGAUCAGAUGAAUGGGUUUACAUCGAUGAACCACUUCCCCAAGAAGUUCCUGAAUUCUUGGUUCCUUAUUGGGAAGCUGUGGAGAAAACAUAUGUGAAUAACAUCAAAGCUACCCUUCGAUGUCUCAGAGCUGAACAGCAUGUUAUCAUUCACUACUUGUCAGACAUAAGAAAUCAUUUCAAGGAAUACUUGAAACGUCCAGACCACAAGCAGGAGUUUGUAACUCAGUGGCAAGCGGAUUAUAACUCAGUGUCUGAUGACCUGUGGGAGGAUGAUGAAACAAAAGAGGAAUUGCACCAAAGAGUUACUGACCUAAGGGAUCGUCUGUGGGAUAUCUGUGAAAACAGAAGGGAUGAAGCUGAGCAAGAGCGUAGUGAUAUUAUGAAUGAUGGCUGGCUGCCAGACCGAAUGGCCCUUCUGAUGAAUCACAUCUUUUCACUCAUGCAGAAUGAAGUGGACCGUUUCCAGGAUACAAAGAGACUUUUGCAUGACUAUUAUAGAGGAAUGGAAGGCAAAAUCCCAACAGAGACUAGCACAGAAUUUACCAGAAUACCCCUGAUAGACCUGAUUCAAGGAGAACAAGCUGCGGAAGAUGGCAAGAUGAAAACAAUUCCAACGAUUGCUCGCAGAUCUCCUUCUCCUGAACCUUUCAGAGACAGGAGCAAAACAAUUCCAUAUAAGGCCAAGGAAGAUCUGUUUUCGGAAAGUGUAAUAUUUAAUUUUGGCCCCGAUGAGAAGCUGAUCACUGAGAUGUGGCAAAAUGUUGGAUCAGCAAUAUCUAAUAUGGUGACUACUGAGAUACAGUCGAAAGAGGCCGAGGAAGAAAAGGAGCAGCAAGAAAUGAAAGAUAAAGAACGCCUGAAAUCUUCCCAAGCCAUUGCUGGCAAAGGUGGAAAGGAAGGGAAAGGGAAAGGUGGGAAAGCUGGAAAGGAGGGGAAAGGCGGAAAGGAAGGAAAAGGCGGGAAAGAAGCCAAAGGAAAGGAGGGCAAAGAUGCCAAGAAAGGGAAAAAGAAAGGAAGAGGCUCCCGCUCUCCAUCUGUGGUUGAAGCAACACCACUUCCUCUCUCCCCAGAGGAAUUAAAAAAGCUAGAAUUGAAGCUUAAAAUGAAGCAUGAAUAUUUUACUGCACUAGAGCUUGAAGCGGAUGCUGCAAAAUCUCGACUUGAGCUGCUAAAAGUUAAAGCGCUAGCCUUCACGGAAGAUCUGCAAUCAAAAGCAGAACUAACAUACAGGAAUAUGGAAAAAUGGCUUGGAGAGAGGUUCCUGGCUGAAAUGUCUAGUGUUGACAAAUUAACUGAGGUUGCCCGCCACCAUAUUGAAGCAUCUACCAAAAUCCAGUAUGAGCUAGUUCUAGAAGGGACAGAGUUCUACAUUAAUGGUGAUAUAAAAAUAUUUCCGGAUCCUCUCCCUCCACCUCGUCCUCCAUCUGUAGAGACUGCUACGAAUGGUACCCUAACUAUUGCGCAGCUUAGCACUCUUCAUAAACAGUUUCUACAGGUGGCACCUAAAGGUUUAAUACUAAGUAAAACAUUCACUGACAUUCUCUUUGACUUGAUCACCUUGAAUCUUGGCUCAAACAUGCUUCCUGAUGCCUGGAUGCAGCUCACCGCUUAUGAUCUACAGAACCUGGCACAGUUGCUAACGGUGCACUCAGACACAGUGAACUGGCGCAGGUUCUUGCUGGGAACUUCCCAGCCUUGGCCAAUGCCCUCUGUGACGGAGCUGCUUGAGACACUGCAGCGGUUCAAGGCUGUGGAUGAAGAUGGAACAGGCUUUGUCACACGAGAACAAUAUGAGCAGGCAGGUCUCUGGUUUAAAAGCAGUGAAGAUUUAGUCAUUCCAGAAAGCCCUACAGAACCGUUACCAUUUAACCGGCAGGAGCAUCUUAUAGAAUUUUUAUUCACUUUAUUUGCUGAUCCUGAAAAAGACCCUCCUCAGCUGGAUUAUACGGAGAUGCUACUUUAUUUCGCUGCCCACCCGGAUGCUGUUGACGGUGUAUAUCGGGCCCUCAGUGUUGCUACAGGGACCUACAUCCACAGAAAAAAAGAGAAGCCUCUUCUUGAUACCACUAUGUUUACUCCUUCUGCCGAACAGCUGAUAAGUGUUGAACAUGAAGAGCCAGAAGAGGUGUACGGUGGGGAAGAAGCGGAAGAAGAAGAGAAGGAAGAUGAAGAUGAGUGUUACACCAAUGAAGGGAAGAUUUCCCUGGUUACACUACUCAGAGUGUUUCAGCAUGAAACAACCAUAGCUGCUGACAACCAUAGAUUUAGUGGUUACCUGAAGGCAGAGGACCACUAUGAGCAUUUCUUAAAGGUAUACAAGGAUCUUGGCUCUGAAGAACUGGAACCCAUCACAGUUGCCCUUCUCCUGAAGCACCCCUUCAUUCAAGACUUGAUGAAUGACUACCAAGGGUACACCCUUCCUCUGCUUCUCCGUGCCAUUGCCUUCCUUCUCCUUUGCCCUUGCAGUCUUCAGCCUCAUCUGGCCACACUUCUGCUUAGCUGGCAAGUGGUGAUCAAUAUGGUUUUGUUUGUGGGCAUCCUUGACAUCAUCUUUAGAAAAACAAAAUCAUGGGAGUCACCACAGCUUAUCAGGUUAAAUGGCAGUGAGGGCAAUUGAAGAGGACAGUGAAGUCAAAGAAGGCAGUAAAUGGUGCUGAGAAGAACAGUAUUUAAAGGAAGUGAAUGUGUUUGGAACGAGUGUCAAAGAUUACUGAAAAUGGGAGCUGCUUUUUGACCCUCGUGGAAACAAACAUGGAAUGAAGGAGAUGCCUGCAUUAGUAACCCAGAAGAAACGGCCUGAUUAAAAGGCUAGGGUCCUCUUUGUGUUGAGUCACCACUGCUCAUUGUUGCCACCCAAGCAACUGUGCUGAUUCCCUUUGUAUAGUUAAGAUAUAGAAAAUGAAUUAAGAUUUUGCUUCUGUACCUUCUGCCUUGUGGAUUGGGAUCUCUCAUGCCUUUCUACUGUAGUGGGACCUUCCUAUUCUUAGCCUAGUUCACCUUUGCCUGCCAACUUCGCUCUCUAGGUGAAGCUAAGCCACCUGGAAGCAAAUAUAGCCUACCUUGACCAUUCUUUAAGACCUGGAUUGGACCAGUCCAGGAUUGACAUAAGGCAGGGUUAUUUCCAUUAGCAGGCAUAUAUAGGCAGCUGCAUGAGAUGACUCACUGCAGUAGCUGCCACUGGUUGAUCAGGACCCAAAGGAAGUAUCAUUGCUGACUGAUAGCAUCCCCACAAAGAAAGCCUUGAUCAACCCCAAUAGGGAUAAUGGCCUGGUGGGUAAAUUAAUUGGGGGAAAGCAUGAAUAAACUUGGUCAACACCAAGCCACUCGAUCUGGAAAUCUGCAGGAUCCAUUGCAAGCAUAUGACAUGUUGGUUUCUAUCAUCAGUCAGAGCCUAAUGGCCAUUUUUUUGAUGUUCUCCAGAAGUUAAGGGAGGGGAACCAUGCUUCCUUUCUCCCCACUUCUAAAUCAUGUGAAGUACAGAACUACACCAUCAUC